GCCAGGUGUGGGCUUGGGUGGUUGGUUACCGCCUUUUGCACCAGCGGCAGCGAGGAGGGGGGGUGGGCGCUUUUUCCUUUUCUCUUAGAAGAGCUUUCAGCACAGGUUUUCUCGUUCUCAGUUCCACCCCACCUCACCGCCUCCCGACCCCCCUUCUCCCCCUCCCCACCUAUCGUCAUGACGGCCUCUCCGGAUUACUUGGUGGUGCUUUUUGGGAUCACUGCUGGGGCCACUGGGGCCAAGCUGGGCUCGGAUGAGAAGGAGCUGAUCCUGCUGUUAUGGAAAGUCGUGGAUCUAGCCAACAAGAAGGUGGGACAGUUGCACGAAGUACUAGUUAGACCGGAUCAGUUGGAACUGACGGAGGAUUGCAAAGAAGAAACUAAAAUAGACGCUGAAAGCCUGUCCUCGGCGUCGCAGCUGGACCAAGCCCUCCGACAGUUUAACCAGUCAGUGAGCAACGAACUGAAUAUUGGGGUGGGCACUUCGUUCUGUCUCUGUACUGAUGGGCAGCUUCAUGUCAGGCAAAUCCUGCAUCCUGAGGCUUCCAAGAAGAAUGUACUACUACCUGAAUGCUUCUAUUCCUUUUUUGAUCUUCGAAAAGAAUUCAAGAAGUGUUGCCCUGGGUCACCUGAUAUUGACAAACUAGAUGUUGCAGCAAUGACAGAGUGUUUAAACUUGGAGAAGGAUAGCUCGGUCUCCCGCUAUGGAGCCUCUCAAGUUGAAGAUAUGGGGAAUAUAAUUUUAGCAAUGAUUUCAGAGCCUUACAAUCACAGGUUUUCAGAUCCAGAGAGAGUAAAUUACAAAUUUGAAAGUGGCACUUGCAGCAAAAUGGAACUUAUUGAUGAUAACACUGUAGUCAGGGCACGAGGUUUACCAUGGCAGUCUUCAGAUCAAGAUAUUGCAAGAUUCUUCAAAGGACUCAAUAUUGCCAAGGGCGGUGCAGCACUUUGUCUGAAUGCUCAGGGUCGAAGGAAUGGAGAAGCUCUGGUUAGGUUUGUAAGUGAGGAGCACAGAGACCUAGCACUACAGAGGCACAAACAUCACAUGGGGACCCGGUAUAUCGAGGUUUACAAAGCAACAGGUGAAGAUUUUCUUAAAAUUGCUGGUGGUACCUCGAAUGAGGUAGCCCAGUUUCUGUCUAAGGAAAAUCAAGUCAUUGUCCGCAUGCGGGGGCUCCCUUUCACGGCCACAGCUGAAGAAGUGGUGGCCUUCUUUGGACAGCAUUGCCCCAUCACCGGGGGGAAGGAAGGCAUCCUCUUUGUCACCUACCCUGAUGGCAGGCCAACAGGGGAUGCUUUUGUACUCUUUGCUUGUGAGGAAUAUGCACAGAAUGCGUUGAGGAAGCAUAAGGACUUGCUGGGGAAAAGGUACAUUGAACUCUUCAGGAGCACAGCAGCUGAAGUUCAGCAGGUGCUGAAUCGAUUCUCCUCGGCCCCUCUCAUUCCACUUCCAACCCCUCCCAUUAUUCCAGUACUACCUCAGCAAUUCGUGCCCCCUACAAAUGUUAGAGACUGUAUACGUCUUCGAGGUCUUCCCUAUGCGGCCACGAUUGAGGACAUCUUGGACUUCCUGGGGGAGUUCUCCACCGAUAUUCGUACUCAUGGGGUUCACAUGGUAUUGAAUCACCAGGGCCGCCCUUCAGGAGAUGCCUUUAUCCAGAUGAAGUCUGCGGACAGAGCAUUUAUGGCUGCACAGAAGUGUCAUAAAAAAACCAUGAAGGACAGAUAUGUUGAAGUCUUUCAGUGUUCAGCUGAGGAGAUGAACUUUGUGUUAAUGGGGGGCACUUUAAAUCGAAAUGGCUUAUCCCCACCGCCAUGUCUGUCUCCUCCCUCCUACACGUUUCCAGCUCCUGCAGCAGUUAUUCCUACCGAAGCUGCCAUUUAUCAGCCCUCUGUGCUUUUGAAUCCACGAGCACUGCAGCCCUCUACAGCAUACUACCCAGCGGGCACCCAGCUCUUCAUGAACUACACGGCCUACUAUCCCAGCCCCCCAGGUUCGCCUAAUAGUCUUGGCUACUUCCCUACUGCUGCUAAUCUUAGCGGUGUCCCUCCACAGCCUGGCACGGUGGUCAGAAUGCAGGGCCUGGCCUACAAUACUGGAGUUAAGGAAAUUCUUAACUUCUUCCAAGGUUACCAGUAUGCAACCGAGGAUGGACUUGUACACACAAAUGACCAGGCCAGGAGUCUACCCAAAGAAUGGGUUUGUAUUUAAGGGCCCCAGCAGUUAGACCAUCCUCAGAAAAGAAGUGUUUGAAAGAUAUAUGGUGAUCUUCAAAAUGCCAGACACAAGAAAACUUCUAGCAACUUCAGGGGAAGUUUGUCUAUACUCGGGCUGCAGUAUUUUCAGCAAACGUGAUUAGACAGUGGGCCUGUGCCUUAUCUUUUGGUGGAGUGUAAAAUUUGAGCCACUGAAGCCAAAUCCUUAUAGCAAUCAGCAUGCAGCAUACCUGGCUCCUUGCUGAUUGCAAACAGGCAUUUAAAAUGUGAAUUUGAAAUCAGAUGUCUCCAUUACUUCUAGCUAAAGUGGCAUCAUAGGCGUUUCUUAAGUUUUAAAUUUUGGAUAAUAAAAUACUCCACCAAUGUCUACCAUCUCUACCAUGAACUGUCAUGGAAGCUUCAUUUUUUGUGUAUUCCUACUAUUUUCUCUCCAUCUUCCUGUCUUCUACAUAAUCAUGCCUUCUUGCUAAGUGAUUCAAGCAUAAAGUCUUGGAAUAUUUAAAUCACAAACUUAAGGAAUGAGAUACAAUUGGUAUUUUCACAGCCUUUUGGCCAUCCUGAUGUCUUACAGUUAAAAAAAAAAUUAAAAUUAUGUUUAAAACACUUGACAACAAAUUAGGAGAAAGGCACGCCCUCCACAGAAAUAACAAAGCAGGGUUCUUUUUCUCAGCAGGUACCAGUUGUAAAUAAAAAUGAACUAGGGGCCAAAAUGCAAAACCAAAAACGAAGCAGCUACAUGUAGUUAGUAAUUUCUAGUUUGAACUGUAACUGAAUAUUGUGGCUUCAUAUGUAUUAUUUUAUAUUGUACUUUUUUCAUUAUUGACGCUUUGGACUUUAAUAAGAAUUCCACAGUUUUUAAUAUCACAGAAAUGAGACUAUUUUGAACAAUGUAUUCUAGAAAACAAUAUACUAACUGAAGUGAAUGCCUGUAUAUAUUAAAAUAGCCUUAAACCUUUUUCUCUAAUGCCUUAACUGUCAAAUAAUUAAAACUUUUAAAAGCAUAGGACUGUAGUCAGCAUGCUAGACUGAGAGGUAAACACUGAUGCAGGUAGAACAGGUACUGAUGCUAUUGGUGUUUAGCACUAUGUGUUCAGCUGUGUUUAUGCUACAAAAGUGCAAUAUUGGACACGAGCUGGUACUGCUGCCUCAUGUAACUCCAAAGAAUAAAACAGGAUUUGAUUAAGUGCAUUGAAUGUUGAUAUUUCUUUUGUUACUCUUGUUCUUUGCUUGGAUGCAAUGCCAUGCAGAUUUAUGUGGCUGCUAUUUUUAUUUACUUUGCAUUACUUUGAUCAACACCUGGGAUGGAGAGCCAAAAAUGUCCCGCUUCAGCUGACCAGCAAUGGCCCUUUGAGUGUAGUAGAAAAAUAAAAAAAACCAACAUUCUGUGUGAAAAUUGGUGAUAACUGGCACUUAAGAUCAGAAAGAAAGUUGUUUAUACUUGAUGCCUUAAGAUGCUGUCUGCCGAAAGCUCUGAAAGACUUUAAGAUACGCAGUAAUACUUACUACAAUACUACUGAGUUUUUGUAGAAUUGUUAACAUUUGAUAAUAAAACUUGCCUGCUUAAUCUCAA